AUGGAAAAAGAAGGCGAAAUAUACAAAGUUGCUGGAUUAGGAGUGGGAUGUAACUUUUUUUAUUUUUUCUAUGUAAUGGAAAGGCCUGUUUUGAAUGAACACAGGAAUAAAUUGUCAAGAAAUAGCACGCCAUCUGCCUCCACAACAGCAUCAACCCCAGCAUCAGUAAAUUCAAAGGUUUACCCAAAGCCUAAAUUUUUAAAACUUUUGCAGUCAGUUGGAGCAAAAGGAAAAGCUUUUCAAGUAUCAGAGAUCAUUAAUUAUUUAAAAGAGUAUAUAUCUUCUAAGAGACUAUUUGAUCAACAACAACCUUGGAUUGUACAUUGUGAGAAUGAUUAUCUUGGAUCAGUGUUCCAUUGUAAACAGUUUACCAUUGAUGAUGUCAGGGGUCUGCUUAAUCAAAAUGUCACAGUAUGUAAAUCGGAAGUCAUUGAUGGCAACGAGGAUGAAUCAUUUGACAGUGAUGCCACAGAAAUUCUUGUGUCCAGUAUGUCAGACUCAGACCAUGAACCACCAAAAAAGACAACUCCACUCGAUGAUAUCAUUUCAAGCUCAACUUCAGAAUCACCUAAACCCAUUUUUAGCUUCAGUUCAACAGAUCCACUGCUGCGGGUCAACUCUUCAUUCUUAGAAAUCCUACAAGAUGUUGGUGCUAAGGGAGAAGUGUUUAGGGAGAAAGAGAUUUUUAGGUAUUUGAAGAAUUAUGUCUGGUCUCGGCGCUUAUUUGAUCCAAAGCAUCCGUGGAUUUGUUUGUGCCACAAUGACAAAUUGGCAAAUGUCUUCAGAUGUAACAAAUUUUUGAUCCAUGAUGUGCCUCAUCUGGUUGCAAAAUUUGGUGUGGAAUAUCCUGGAUACCGUCCAACGGUACUAAGAACUAGCAGUGAUGUGCCUCCCAAAACAGCUAGUGCUAUUGCAUUACCACUUCAUCGUCACAUGUCCUCCCCUGGUCGAACUCAGUCAACACCCUCAGAUAUUACAAGCAGUACUGCGGAUGUGAUUGCACCAACAUUUACAGAUCAUAUAGAAGAACAAACAUCUGGCAGAUCUGAGGAAAGUGUUCCGGCUGCUACACUCCGCAGAUCUGAGGAAAGUGUUCCGGCUGCUACACUCCGCAGAUCUGAAGAAAGUGUUCCGGCUGCUACACUCUGCAGUUCUGAAGAAAGUGUUCCGGCUGCUACACUCUGCAGAUCUGAAGAAAGUGUUCCGGCUGUUACACUCUGCAGAUCUGAGGAAAGUGUUCCAGCUGCUGCACCCAACAGAUCUGAUGAAAAUGUUUUGGCUGCGCCCAGCACAUCUGAAGAAAGUGAUCUCCCUGCUGCACUCACCAGAGGUAGGGGAAGUGAUCUCCCUUCUGUGCACAGAAGGUCCAGGGAAAGUGAGCUUCCAGAAUCAAGCUCUCGACCAACCAAUAGUUUUACGUUAACACUAGGAAUGAAAGAUGAGGAAUUUCUCAGCUUUCAGAGUGAGGAACCGGUGGAUGAUGUAUAUGUGGAAUAUGAAGUGAUGUCAAAUUCAACUAGUUUCCAUAUGUCUGACAGUGAAGAGGAACACCACAAAGUUUCAAUGGAUAUGUUAGUGAUUUGCCAAGACAGUGACAUUGAAUGUUAUGCUGAUUACAGUGAUACAGGUUCAGAUACAGAUGUGGAACUCUCAGAAGCAGAUAAAUGGUGUUGUUCAAACUGUCACCUCUAUAAUUCACCUAUCCAUCGACUUUGUGACCGAUGCUGGACACUGCGUCCUGGCUGGCUCCCUGACCGUGAUAAGCAAAGCUCCCCUAAACCCAAAGACAGCUGUGAACACAGCUCAAAACAGCUUCAAAAUCAGAUUAAGAGUUCCUUAGAGAAUCUAAGAUCAAAGACAUUUGUUUAUAUGAUUGGUGGAAGGCUACAUUUUUCUUUUCUUUUUUUUUCCUUUUCUUUUUUUCUUUUCUUUUUUUUUCUUUUCUUUUUUUUUCUUUUCUUUUCUUUUUUUCUCUUUUCUUUUCUCUUUUCUCUUCUCUUCUCUUUUCUCUUUUCUCUUCUCUUCUUCUUUCUUUCUCUUCUUUUUCUUUCUCUUCUUUUUCUCUUUUCUUUUUUUCUUCUCUUUUUCUCUUCUCUUCUCUUUUCUCUUUUCUCUUCUCUUUUUCUUUUCUCUUCUCUUCUUUAUUUUCUUUUCUCUUCUCUAUUUUCUUUUCUCUUCUCUAUUUUCUUUUCUCUUCUCUUCUUCUCUUCUCUUCUCUUCUUCUUUUCUCUUCUCUUCUCUUCUUCUUUUCUCUUCUCUUCUCUUCUUCUCUUCUUCUUUUCUCUUCUCUUCUCUUUUUCUUUUCUAUAUCAACAGUAA